AUGAAGAGAUACUAUCCUACAACUUCCAAAAUUCCAAAAUCAAGUUCAACAUCUCAAGAUUUAUCUAACUUGGAAGAAAUAGCUAAUGAGUCGAAACAACAUCAACAAAGUGAAAGAGUUAAUUUAGGCUCUUUAGAGGUUGAUCCUGGGGAAAGAUUAGCAAUUCGAAAAUAUCAUCCAAAUGAUCGUGAUGCAAUACGAAGAACAUAUCUUCAAAGAGGUGCUUUCCAACCUCGAGAGCACAAAUUUCCUCAAAGAAAUUUUUAUGGCAAAUUGCGUCGCUUUAAUCCUCAAUGGUUUUCUGAGUAUGAUUGGUCAGAGUAUAGCGUAACAAAAAAUGCAGCUUUUUGCUUCUUUUGUUAUUUGUCUCAAGAUGAAUGCAUCAAUCAAGGGGGAGGAGAUUAUGUUGAUAGAAGGGGAAGUGUGAUGGAGCGAUUUAUUGGUAUUGUUCAUGUUCGUGAAACUACUGCUUUGUGUCUAAAGAAUGGAAUUGUUGGUUUACUUGCUCAACAUUCUUUAAGUCCAUCUUCCAUAUGUGGACAAUGUUACAAUGGAGCAAGCAAUAUGCAAGGUGAUAUAAAUGGGCUUAAAAUCUUGAUGCAAAAAGAAAGUAAAGGUGCUCAUUCUAUUCAUUAUUUUGCUCAUCAACUUCAACUAACUCUUGUUGCGGUUUCUAAAAGAUGUGAUAAAGUGCAAGAAUUUUUAUUGAAUAAGGCCGAGGUCGGGCGGUGA